GAGUUUGAGAAGCUCAGCUUUGGUCUGACGCUUCAUGAGGUUUGACUUCCUGUAUUUCCUGCAGUGAGUAGGUUUUGAGACAGCAUUGUGAGCGUGUGUGGGGGCAUAACGUUCAGUUGAACUCCAGAUCAACACCCCAUCAACAGAAGAAACGGAUGAUGGCAAUGGUAACUAACAGGCUUGGGUGUUUACCAGUUCUUGUUUUCCUGCUGACUUUGAGCAGUUCAGUCACGCCAACUCCUCUUAGGAUGAAAAGAGAAACUAGUCGCAAUGUGACAUCGAUAAACACCAGUGACACACAGAGUACAGCAACCAUAGCAGAAGUUGAGAAUGCAAGAAGCACCACUGUGGAAACGUUACAGACAGUUGAGGUGAAAUCUGAUUCAAAGGUCUCAGCAGCUACAGAAUACCUUCAUACUCCAGAUCUGAACCACACCCAACAGAACUACCCGACAGUUCACCAGCCAGCAGAUAAUGAGAGUACUUUUCUCACCCAACUUCCCACAAUAAAUACUAGUACUGGACACAUUUCACAUGCAGGAAGUUCUGCCCCCUCAUUUCCUGCAUCGUUAAAGCCCAGUAAGUCAACAGAGAAGUACAUGACAGCAGCAACAAGAAGAAUGUCCACGGAUACAAAAGGACCUACUACUGACGUUUCCUCAACAGCCACCAAAAAAUCAACCACAGCAAUGACUCAUUCAUGUUCCACUGCCUCUUCUCAAGAGGACGGGUUUGUGAACAGUUGCCUCAUCGCAAUCGCCUCGAUGGCAGCAUUAACCACCAUCUUUAUCAUUAGCACCAUCUGCUUGGCUACGAAACUCUCGGGAUACAGAUACAGGCUCAAGGCGCAGCUUCUCCAAGAGACUGAGAUGGUCUGCAUAUCUGCCCUGCUGAAUGAUACCGAUCACCCCGUUCCAAAGCCAAGACGACAUCCCAAAAGUAAUGGAGCAUUGAUCCCAAAUACUGAGGAUGGAGAUCUUGAUGGAGAUAAUCUCACUCUAAACAGUUUUCUUCCUGAUACCGAAGGCCCUCUUUAGAAGUUGAAAUGUUUCUGUAUGCACUAGGAACCAGCGCUUUAUUGAUGGAUCACAGAAUUUUGUACUUUCAAACAUUGUCAGUGUUUGACACGAACCCAGCUCUUGAGGUCACCAAGAGGUACAAUCCACAGUAUAUCUGUGGUGCAGGUUUAUCAGUUUUCUAGGGAGUUUCAGUCAUAUGAAAUAAGUUAAGUUAUCUGAUGCCUGGCUUGUAAAGUGCCAUUUUAUGCUUUGUUGUAUACUAAUGAACAUCCCACAUCUUUUAUUUAAUCAGUGGAACACUUAUAUUGUAAUUGUUGUUUUUUUUUUUGCAUGUGUGAAGAUGUUUAAACGUUAUAUUUAAUCAGUGUUGAAAUAUACUAAGGAGCACAGACAUUAGCAAGGCUUGGCAGAAUACAUUGCUGAAAAUGGUCUAUUCCUGUCUGUGGUUCAGUUAGCGCUAUAUAAUUUAAAGAGUGAUGUUGGAUAUUAUCACAGUCUGAAUAUAACAUUAUCAUUGCGAAUGUACAUAAAUUAGAUGCUCGCCACAUGUUAAAAGUAAAAAAUGUUAAAUCAUUUAAUAGAUGUCACUUGGAUGUCUUACAUUUUAAAGUCAAUGUGAAGUGUUGUACGUAUGCAACCCAUUUUUAUUUGUUUAUUAAGUUAUAUGAGGUCAAACCAAACAAGAUAUUUGAAAAUCAGCUGACAUUACUUGAAUUUAUUAUGCUUAAUAAUAUGUUCCAUUCCAUUUGGAAUAAAUUGGAUAAGGAAAAA